AUGUCGCAACUGGGUAUGACGAAAGGCGACGGGUCAGAGGAGGACCUUCCUCUCAAAGAGGACGCAGGAACGGAACACUCAGAAUCCCCCGAAGAAGAGCUGAAGCAACUUCAUCUCGCUGAUUCUGCGACAAAUCCUUUACAGCUGCUGGACACUUUAUUGGAAAGAUAUCUCCACCUGCUUGACAAACACCAAAAGCUGCAGACAAAGCUAGCAUCAAAGCUAUCUUCGGGAUUUCUUUCUCUUGCGCAAGCGAAUUAUACCUGUCCUCCCGGUCGACGUUAUGGCGCUGACUACUAUGACGAGCGUAUGAAAGCCACAAGACGAGUGGGAUUACAACCUCCCUUAUCCUCCGAUGAGACUACGCAUUCGGCUGAACUAGGAAGAGUGCUAGAAACUGGCAUCCAUUCUAGGCAUAUCUUUGCAAUUGAGGCCUUUACAAAUGCCGAGGAGGACGAGCAGCUCGAGAAAGCCGAUCAGGUAGAGACAUCUCAAUCGGACGAGAACACCACAAAACAGGAUUCUUCAAAAAAUGACGCGGCACAAUCUACUCCGAACUCUCUAGAGCUGUCAAGCUCUUCUGCGGUUGAACCCGAAACAGAUACUACCCACAAGACCGUGAAGAAGAGGUCCGGUGCUUCAGACCCAAUUCGGUGGUAUGGUAUUCUUGUUCCCCCCUCCCUGCGUAGCGCCCAGAAAUCCUUCACGGAAGCCGUAGAAGGCUAUCUCCCAGAGCUAGCAAGCGUUACGGUCGAGAUGCAAGCUGCAGAGAAGGAAAUUACCCGAUUGCGGGAGGAACUGGGUCGGCAAGAGUGCGCAUAGGAUAUACAUUGAAGAUUCUAUUUUUCCUCCUUUAUUUGGAUAGGUUUUUGGGGUCAAGAGAAUCAUUUAUUGCGACCUUCUGUAGUCCAUCUCAUCCAGUAUCAACCUGAUAUCAUUAGGGGACUCGAAAUAGACUACAAGACGCGUGGUGUUUGAAUAUACUAUUUUUUUUUUCAUGCAUGACCUGGUUAGCCUAACCAAUGAAGGGGAUUUAAAACGUCAGAGACAGCAAUGUUUUUUUUUUGUUUCUUUGGAUGGAGUCGAAUCAGGUCUGUGCUCCUAUUUCGAGCAGAUUCAAAUCUCAACGUCUUCAUCAACAAGCUCUUCAUUCUUAUCUUUCAUCAUCCCAUCCCAUCAUCUUUGAAUCUUUUAACUUCUUACAGACACCAGCAUCAUAAGAUCCACCGUCCUGAUAAUGAAUAUCAGAGGAAUGUCUCAUAAUAUUCCAGGUUUCCUCCCUCUGGCUUUAACCUCGAAACCAAGCUACUCUGUAGCUCAU